UUGGCAAGAAAUCGCGGCGCCGAGUCAAAUCCCGAACCGGUGGCAGUCGUAAUCAGACACCCGUUGAAGCAGUCGCUGAUGUGCGUGCGCGCGCUAAUGGACAUACCAACUUACCUAAAUAGUGAUAAUAACUAUAUAGCCAUAUAGGUAUACCACAAAUAGUAUUAAGUGAUUUCGGGCAGAGCACACCGUCCAGAAUCGUUAUUUUGAAAUAAGUUUUCUAUUCUUUGUAAUUCAACAAGUAUAUUUAUAAUGACCACCAAUAUGAACCGCUGGAAAGGAAAAGUGGCGUUCGUGACCGGUGCCAACGGAGGUAUAGGCAUGGCGAUCACCAAGAGACUUCUGGACUUGGACCUUGCAGUCGUGGCCAUUGACAAGCAGACCGAACUCUUAUUAGAACUGAAAGAUGAAUUAAAAACGACAAACCUCUACCCGUUAAACGUGGACUUGUGUCACGAGGAAGAGAUCAUACGAGCGUUCCAAUGGGUCGAAGAAACGUUCGGCGGCGUCGACGUGCUCAUAAACAACGCUGGCGUCGGCGGACGGUCUACACUCAUAGAUGGUACUGUAUCGGAAUGGAAAAGAAUAUUGGACGUUAAUGUUAUAGCGUUAAGUGUUUGUUCACGGGAGGCGGUGAGAUCGAUGAAUAGUCGGAACUUGGAAGACGCUCACAUCAUUCAUUUGAGCAGUAAUCUGGCACAUUAUGUUCCUUCAUACGGUCCAUUCCAUUUCUAUUCCGCAACCAAACAUGCUGUAAGAGCGCUCACGGAAGGGUUACGGCAAGAAUUAAGGGCAUUGAAAAGCCCCAUCAAGGUCACGUGUGUCAGUCCUGGUCUUGUGAAAUCAUCAAUUUUCAAGAAUUCAAUGGGAGAAAGCUUUGAUAAACAUUUAUACGAAACAUACCCCAGUAUUUCUCCAGCAGAUGUAGCAUCUACUAUUGAAUUUGUAUUGGCCACUCCUCCACAUGUACAAGUGCAAGAUAUAAUCAUCAAACCUAUAGGUUCAGAGGCCUGAUUAACAUU